UCAACUUCUUUCAUUUUGAUAAUAUAUUUACCAAUUUUUUCCAAUAAUUUUGCGAUAUGUCUAUGUUCAAAUCGGUAAAAGUAAACUAUCCUAAGAAGAAGGUGAAAGUAAAUGAUAUGAGGGUGAUCGGAGUACCAGAACCGGAUAGAAAAACUAUGUAUGACAUAGUACUCGAGAACUUUCAAAUAGCAGGGAGAAAAACAUUCCUCCAAAGAAUUAUUUAUAUUGGAGAACAUUGUUUUGUGAGAUAUGAUGGAAUGGUCAAUUUUUUUACGGAAACUAUAAACGGAGCAAAUCAUCACAGACGUACGUUAGAAAAAAUUACAGGUAUUCUAAUAAAAUACCAGAGACAUUUCAUACAUUUUUUGGAAGGAGAUGAAGAUGCAAUAUACGAACAUAUAAAACUUUUAUUGAAACACGAUCAAUACGGUAACGUCUUAGAAAAUUUGAAACUACUUGCCAUAAUUCAUCAUAUCAAUUGCAGAUAUGCAACUGAAUGGACCUGCAUGAGUGGCAAUCCACCACAGCUUCUUGAAAAAAUUGACCCCAAUUCAUCGAUAGAAGUUGCUGGCAGCGUUACUUACGGCUGUAUUUUGAAACUUUAUGAUAUUCUCGAAAAACUGAUUAAAAUUAAUUCCUCGACACCAGAUUUGGACGAAAAGUUUGCAGAAGACACAGAUGGAAACCUGAAUGUAUUAAAACCUCCUGGUGUGAGAGAGUCACUCCUCUCUACAUCGUCAGCUGCCCGCCGAUAUUCCUUCAGAUUUUCGAAAUUGGCCCUUGAAACUACUGGAAAAAACACCACAACACGCUCCAAAAGUAGUUAUGCGGAUCCUCUGUUGUUCAGUUUACCAGAAAUUGAUACGUUACAUUUCUUGAUUAAUACUCCACAUACGAAAAAAAUCAAAGAUGUGCUUCAACUGUACAGUCAAGUUGAGCAAAGAGAUAUAUACAAAGACAAAGUAUGGCCAAUUGCAGCUGAUUUCAUACCAUAUGAUGUCUAUAGUAAAGGAUACGAUAUCUCAACAGUAUUUCCCAAGCCAGAUGCGAAACCAAGUCGUCGUGAUACCACUGUGGAUGGUAUAAGUAUUCUUUUAUGGGAAGCAGAAGAAGAAGAUGCUGAAAUUAAAGAAGAAGAUGAAGAAUAGUGUACUCAUUUUCUAAAGUGCUAACUUGAAGACAUAUUUGUGUUAUAAUUUGUAUGAAUUCACCAUAACGAGAUUUGCAAAAAAUGCAAAAUGAUAAAUACUACUAAAUAUGGUGAAUGGAUGAUUUUAUUUAUUCUGAGAAUAUUCUAUGUAUUAUUAAAAAAAUUUAUA